AUCUGGUCUACUGCAUGCCUGCCAAUCAUUCGUGUCCAGCUCACCUCCACGCACCAUCGCUAGGCCGUGACUGUUGCCACGUCCAAAAAGCGGAGAGAGAAAAGGACAAGAGGAAAAAGAGGCCCAAAUAGCUGCUCGAGGUAUCGCUAUAUGCUCUGAGGCCUGUCGAUCGAGCGCGCUGCUGCCAUACAACCAACACAGGCCCGGCGCACACGAGGCGGCAAGUCGGGGCUCUUACGAAACAUCCGCUACAGGACCCUGCGGGGGAUUGCGUCUCCAACAUGUCCUUCCUAGGCGGAGCCGAGUGCUCGACGGCGGGCAACCCGCUCAGCCAGCUCGCAAAGCAUGCGCAGGACGACCAGUCCCUGCAGCGCGACAGGCUGAUGAACCGGGGGCCCCGCCCCCAGGACAGCUUCCGCAGCGUGACGGCCGCCGGCCCUUCCUCGGAAGAGUCCUUCAAUGCCUUUGUCAACACGCCCGCCCAGCUUCCCGAUUUUAGCUUCGAUCAUGGGCCGAUGGGCCACGUCCAUAUCGACCCGGGCCACGCCGUCCACAUGCGUGCCAGCUCGGCCUCGCCCCACGGCGCCUGGUCCGACGAGUUCGCGAGCCACGCCGGCCCCGCAGCCGCCGCCCAGGCAGCACCAUUCAACCCUGCCGAGUUCGCCGCUUUCCAGCGUCUGAACCAGUCGGGGCCGGCGGCCUCGGCCGCAUCCCCCCUUCAGCAGCACCAUCAGCAGCAGCAGCGGCCACUCAUGAGUACCGGAUACUCAUCAGGUAUGGGGAUGGGGAUGGGAGUGCCUAUGGGAAUGAACAUGGGCAUGGGAAUGGGCAUGGGAAUGGGGUACAGCUCCAUGCAGCGGCCUCUCUAUCAGCCCAUGUAUCCCCAGCAGGAGCAGCUCACGCAGGCAGCCCAGGAGGCCAGUGUCAAGGGAAAGGGUAAGGAGAAGGUUGUGGAGCUGGACGACCAAAAAUGGGAGGAGCACUUCGCCCAGAUCGAGCUGGAGGACAAGCAGGCGAAGCAGGAGGACGAGAGCCUGGCCAUGGAGCCCGAGCUAAACAAGCUCGACAGCGAGCUGCUCGAGUCCGAGACGGGAUUCGGCGAUUUCGAAUCCAUCUGGAAUGGGAUCCAGGCCGGAAACGCCGACAUGGAGUUCCCGCGCACAACGGACUGGGAUCUGUCAAGCGGGCGGCUCGGGCGUGCGCCACCGCUCGAGGAGUACCUGUUUGAGGAGGAUAACAUAUUCAAGGACCAGCCGAACCCCUUCGACGAGGGCAUGCGGAUCAUGGAGGAGGGCGGCAACCUCUCGCUCGCCGCGCUGGCCUUCGAGGCGGCGGUCCAGGCGAACCCGGAGCACGCCGAGGCUUGGGUGCAGCUGGGCUCGGCACAGGCCCAGAACGAGAAGGAGGACGCGGCGAUCCGGGCGCUCGAGCAUGCCAUCAAGCUGGACCCCAACAACUCGGCCGCGCUCAUGGCCCUGGCCGUAUCGUACACCAACGAGGGCUACGACAGCACCUCGCACCGCACACUGGAGCGGUGGCUGUCGGCCAAGUACCCGCUGAUCGCGCCGCCGGACAAGCUCUCGGCGGCGGCCGACAUGGGCUUCACGGACCGGCAGCAGCUGCACGACCGCGUCACGGACCUCUUCCUGCAGGCGGCGCGCCUGGCCCCCGACGGCCAGCACAUGGACCCGGACGUGCAGGUCGGGCUCGGCGUGCUCUUCUACGGCGCCGAGGACUACACCAAGGCGGUAGACUGCUUCAGCGCCGCCCUGGCCUCGUCGGAGCAGGGCACCAGCAACCAGAGGGGCCAGGUGCACCUCCUGUGGAACCGCCUCGGUGCCACGCUGGCCAACAGCGGCCGGAGCGAGGACGCCAUCUCGGCCUACGAAAAGGCGCUGUCGAUCCGGCCCAACUUUGUCCGGGCCCGCUACAACCUGGGCGUGAGCUGCAUCAACAUGAACUGCGAGCGCGAGGCCGCGGGCCACCUGCUCGCCGCCCUCGCCAUGCACAAGGAAGUGGAGAAGAGCGGGCGCGAGCGGGCGCGCGAGAUCCUAGGCGGCGGCGCCAUCUCGGACGAGCAUCUCGACCGCCUGACGACGCAGAACCGCAGCACGACCCUCUACGACAGCCUCCGCCGCGUCUUCACCGGCAUGGGCCGCCGCGACCUGGCCGACAGGGUCGUCCCGGGCGUCGAUCCCGAGUCGUUCAGGGGCGACUUUGACUUUUAGGCCGGCCGCCGCUCGCUUGGCCUCUGGCGAGCACGCAAUGUCUAUAUGGGCCUAGCCCUCACUCGUAAUUGCUCCGUGCAUUUGCAGAACUAAAUAGCGCUCUGCCUCAACAAAUUAUUUUUUUGGUGAAUGCUAUCCCACCGAACUGCGUUAAUGUGUCUUGCCGCAUGGCUGGUCGUUCCCUCCCGUGUCUGCGCCUGGAUGAGG